UCUAACGACCAACCAUGCCUGAUCCAGUCAAAGCCCCGAAGAAAGGCUCCAAGAAGGCCGUGUCUAAAGCCACCAAGACCGGCAAGAAGAAGAGAAAGACCCGCAAGGAGAGCUAUGCCAUCUACGUGUACAAGGUGCUGAAGCAGGUCCACCCCGACACCGGCAUCUCCUCCAAGGCUAUGGGCAUCAUGAACUCCUUUGUGGGGGACAUCUUUGAGCGCAUCGCCGGUGAGGCUUCCCGCCUUGCUCACUACAACAAGCGCUCCACCAUCACCUCCAGGGAGAUCCAGACCGCCGUCCGUCUGCUGCUGCCCGGUGAGCUGGCCAAACACGCCGUGUCUGAGGGCACCAAGGCCGUCACCAAGUACACCAGCUCCAAGUAAACCCGCUGUCUGUACCAUCAACUCAAAGGUCCUUUUCAGGACCACCCACACCUUCACCAGAGAGCUUUAAUCCUUAAUGAUGUGUGAUUAGUUUUCUCCAAUGUUGAGUAUUUCGUAUAUUAAGAUAACUAUGUUAUGAUCAAUGUUUGUUUGAAUUUUAUAUAAAUUAUCCUUGUUUUUAUUGAUAGUGUCAUAUCAUGUCACAUUGUAAUGGAGAGGACUCUUUUGAUGCAGCCAUGUGGAGCCCAAUAAAACAAGUCUUAACAUGUCA